AUGAAGCUUUCCAUCGCUGUCAUCGCCGCCAUCACGGGCGCCGUCCUGGCCCGUCCCUCAUCCCUCGCUGAGCGUGUGAAGUCUCGCGCUGAGGGCACCCGCCGCCACAGGACCCAGCCCAUGAUCUUGGUGGGUACUGCCGCUAAAGAGAACUCCAAAUUUGUCGCCGAUGUAGACAACACCACCGCCCACGUCGACUAUUCGUCCAACUGGUCGGGCGCCGUUCUCGAGCAGCCCUCCUCCGGCUACUUCAAGUCCGCCACCGGACGCUUCACCGUUCCCACGCCUAAGCACGUUGGUUCUGGUGGAACCGAGUCCGCAUCAGCCUGGGUCGGUAUCGAUGGCGAUUCAUGUGCCAGCGGUCUUCUCCAGGCGGGUAUCGACUUCACCGUCAGCAGCUCCGGUGCUGUAUCUUACGAUGCUUGGUACGAGUGGUACCCCGAUUACGCCUACGACUUCAGCAACUUCGCCGUUAAGGCAGGUAACGUGAUCCAAGUCGACAUCACCGCUACUUCUACUACCAAGGGUACGGUCAAGCUCACCAAUGUGAGCACAGGAAAGAGUGUCAGCCAGACACUUAGCGCACCCAGUGGCUCCGUUCUGUGCCGUCAGAAUGCAGAGUGGAUUGUUGAGGACUUUGAGUCUGGAGGCAGCUUGGUUGCGUUGAGCAACUUUGGUACUGUUGUUUUCACACAGGCUAGUGCCGCUCUCAGCACUGGUGGAACGGAGGGUUUGAGCAGUGCUACCAUCAUCGAUCUCAAGCAGGGUAGCACCGUUUACACUGAUGUUACUAUCAACAGUGGAUCUCAGCUCACUGUGCAGUACAUUUAA